UGUUGUAAUAUGCUGGGGACCAGGGCUGGCUCCAUGGCGUUUACCCAGGGCCCCAAGCUCCAAAGGGCUGUGUACUUGGUUUAUACUCUGCUCUCACCGUCCUGAAAUUUUUCGUAAUGUUUGAACAAACAGCCCUGCAUUUUCAUUUUGCCCUGAGCCCUGCAAAUUCUGUAGCCAGUCCUGCUGGGGACACAGUCGUGACCAAGACAGACAGAAGUCCUUGCCCUUGUGGAGGUGACAUUCCAGGGUGGGGAGACUAAGAGGAAACAGACUUUUUUGAACAAAUAUCUUUAAGUCAACUUAUAGCAACCCUAUAGGACAGAGUAGAGCUGCACCACAGGGUUUCCAAGGAGUAGCUGGUGGAUCCAAACUGCCAAUCUUUUGGUUAGCAACUGAGUUCUUAACCACUGCAUCACCAAGGCUCCAAAUAUUUUUAAGUAUUUAAUUUAUAUUUUAAACUUUAAAUAUUCUUAAAAUUUUCUUUUAAACUUUUAAAUAUUUAAAAAUAAAUAUAAAAUAACUAUGAUGUCAAGGGGUGAUAAGAGCAAUAAAGAUAAAGCAAACCCCCAUUAAGGGCUCAAAUGUGGGCAGAGAAGGGUCCCUGCACCAGCAAACAAGCCCUGGGCUAGGAACUGAAAGGUUGGCCAGAGAUGCCCCAGAAGACAGGCCUGGCGAUCUACUUCCAAAAAAUCAGCUAUUGAAAACCCUCAGACACACAUGGAGUUACCAUGACUUGGAACAGAUUCAACGGCAACUGGUUUUUGGUUUUCAUGUGGGCAGUGGGGGAAGGGUACUCCAGGCAGAAGGGAAAGCAAGGGCAGCAAGGGCAAAGGCCUGGAGAAGUGGAAAGGAGACCACGGCAAAAGAGCUGGGCCAGGGGAAAGGCGAGUUGAGAGGAGCUCGAGGAGCUGGCAGCAGGGGACCCUGUACAGCUGGGGUCAGCAAACUUCCUCGGUAAGGGGCCAAGACAGUAAACAUUUUUAGCUUUGCAGGCCACAAGCUUCUGUUGCAAGUAAUCAGCUAUGCUUGCUGAAGCAGAAAGCAGCCACAGAGGAUAUGUAAAUGAGCGGGCCCUGACUGUGUGCCCAUAAAACUUUAUUUAUGGAUGCUGACCGUGAAUUCAGCAGAAAGAUGUGGCAGGCUGCUUCCAUAAAGAUUUACAGCCUUGGAAACCCUGUGGGGCAGUUCUACGCUGUCCUAUAGGGUCGCUAUGAGUCGGAAUCAACUCCACGGCCAUGGGUUUGGUUUUUUGUGGUCUGUCUGCUGGUGAAGGAAGAAAAGGGGGACCGGGGGAAGUUUCCGGCAGACCGGCGCGGGGGUGGGGGGCCAGACCCGGGAGGUAACCGCAGGAGUGAGAGGGGCGGGGUCUCGACGUUGGUGGGAUUGGCUGGUGGAUUGCGUGAUGGGCGGAGACAGCGGAGUCGAGGAUGACACCAGGAUGUGGCCUGAGCCCCACGGAGGACAGGGUACCCGUGGCUCCCCUCAGCGUUUGUUGUGAACUUGAACAGCAUCCAUGAGGACGGGUCGAGGGGGCAGUUGGAAAUUCAAGGACUGAGCCAGGAGAUCUGUUUCAAUCUCCUGUCUGGACAAGCUGGAGAGGAUCACCCCUCCUCCCUGAGAGCGCGAGGAGGAGGGAGGAGACCUCAGGACUCCCCCGCCCCCAAUCCCUAUCACCAAACUCUCCACUUACCUGCCUGGCCCACUUCCAAAAAUAACCCCGGGCAACGCUGAUGGUGUUCACUGUGAAUCCUUGCACAGCCCCAAACCAGUGGUUCCCAACGAGGGCGAUUCUGCCCAGGGGUUAUUUGGCUAUGUUUUUGGUUGUCAUGACGGCGGGGUGGGGGGGUAGGCGUGCAACUGGUCUCGAGUGGGUGGAGGCCAGGGAUGCUGCUCAACACCCUACAGUGCACAGGAGGGCCCCACCCCAGAGAAGGGGCUGACCCCCGUGUCAGCAAUGUGAAGGUUAAGAAAUCCUGUGUUAAUUAUUUGGAAAAAAUUGAGUUUGAUCCCUACCUCACAACAUGUUGUUGUUGUUGUUAGGCGCUGUCGGAUUCUUUCCGACUCACAGCGACCCUAUGCACAACAAAACGAAACACUGCCUGGUCCUGUGCCAUGCUCACAGUCGUUGCUAUGCUUGAGCCCAUCGUUGCAGCCACUGUGUCAAUCCAUCUCAUUGAGGGUCUUCCUCUUUUCCGCUGACCCUCUACUUUACCAAGCAUGGUGUCCUUCUCCAGGGACUGGUCGCUCCUGAUAACAUGUCCAAAGUAUGCAAGACGCAGUCUCACCGUCCUUGCUUCUAAGGAGAUUUGUUGGCUUUUUUGGCAUUGCAUUGAAUAUUCACGAUCAGAUUCCAUCUCUGGACUUGUUCUAAUUUUCUUCAGUUUCAGCUUGAACUUGCACGUGUGUUGCUGAUCGUCUCUUUCCACAGAUGUAGUCAGUUUGACUCCUGUGUAUUCUCUCUGGCGAGGUCCCUGUGUAUAGUUGCCAUUGAUGUUGGUUAAAAAAAGGUAUUUGCAAUGAAGAAGUCGUUGGUCUUGCAAAAUUCAAUCAUGUGAUCUCCAGCAUCAUUUCGAUCACCAAGGCCGUAUUUUCCAACUACCAAUCCUUCUUUGUUUCCAACUUCUGCAUUCCAAUGACCAGUGAUUAUCAUUGCAACUUGAUUGCAUGUUCAAUCCAUUUCAGACUGCAGAAGUUUGUAAAAAUCUUCAAUUUCUUCAUCUUUGGCCUUAGUGGUUGGUGCGUAAAUUUGAAUAAUAGUUGUAUUCACUGGUCUUCCUUGUAGGUGUGUGGAUAUUAUGCUAUCUCGGACAAGGUUGUACUUCAGGAUAGAUCUCAAAACGUUCUUUUUGAUGAUGAAUGCAACACCAUUUCUCUUCAAGUUGUCAUUCCUGACACAGUAGACUAUAUGAUUGUCUGAUUCGAAAUGACCAAUACCAGUCCAUUUCAGCUCACUAAACCUGUUGCUGUUAGGCCGAUUCCAACUCCUAGUGACCCUAUAGAACAGAGUAGAACUGCCCCAUAUGGUUUCCAAGGAGCACCUGGUGGAUUCGAACUGCUGACCUUUUGGUUAGCAACUGUAGCUCUUAACCACUAUGCCACCAGGGUUUCCAUUUCAGCUCUCUAAUGCCUUGGAUAUCGAUGUUCAUGCGUUCCAUUUCAUUUUUGACGAUUUCCAAUUUUCCUAGAUUCAUACUUCGUACAUUCCAGGUUCUGAUUAUUAAUGGAUGUUUGCAGCUGUUUCUUCUCAUUUUGAGUCGUGCCACAUUAGCAAAUGAAGGUCCUGAAAGCUUUACUCCAUCCUUGUCAUUAAGGUCGACUCUACUUUGAGGAGGCAGCUCUUCCCCAGUCAUCUUUUGAGUGCCUUCCAACCUGGGGGGCUCAUCUUCCAGCACUAUAUCAAUGUUCUGCUGCUAUUCACAAGGUUUUCACUGGCUAAUGCUUUUCAGAAGUAGUUUGCCGGGUCCUUCUUCCUAGUCUGUCUUAGUCUGGAAGCUCAGCUGAAACCAGUGCGCCAUGGGUGACCCUGCUGGUAUCUGAAUACCGGUGGCAUAGCUUCCAGCAACACACAAGCCCCCAUGAUACGACAAACUGACAGACUCGUGGGGGACUUCACAGCAUACAACAGAAUAAACUCCUGAUGGGUCAGACAGUGUAAACCAGGGUGACCCUCCAGCUCCUGUGAUUUCCCUCCUCUCUCCUCCCCACUCAGUGUGUGGAUUUAAAUGUGAGCAGCAUCCUAGAAUGUCAGUAGGUCAGGUGAUUAUGGGACACAGAGUCUCUCGGGGUCAGUGGAAUUCCCUAACCCAGGGGUCCUCACCUAGGGUGAUUCUGUCCAAGGGAUACUUGGUAACAUCUGGGCACAUUAGGAUGUCACCAAUGGGGUAGGGGUGCUACUGGCAUCAGGUGGGUGGAGACCAGGGGUGCUGCUCAACACCCUACAGUACGUGGGUCAGCCCCACCCUAGAGAAGGAACCGGUCCCCACGUCAGCAGUGCGGGAGGUGGGAGUGGGAGUGGGGGGAGAAAGCCUACAUUAUGAUGUCAGUUCUAUUAUCAAUCCCAUUUGGCAGUGGAGGAAAUUGAGGCCCAGAGAGGUGCAGUGACCAGCUCUAGGUCACACAGAGGGUAAAAAAUGGCCUAGCUGGACUCAGACCCCUGCCCGCCUGUCUGCAGGGUCAUUGCUCUUAGGUUCCAUCUCUAGAAGACCUUGCCUCUCCACUCACCCCUCUGUCCUGCAGCCUCCACCUCUCCCUCCUGUGGGUUCCUCCCUUGGUGAACCUGCAGCCACACCCACUCCCUCCCUCAGUGACUCUACUGAGGCCACAGGUCCUGCCCCACCCCGUCUUUGGAUGCCCCUCCUCCACCUCGUCUGCCCCACCCUUAAGUAUUAGGGCCCUCCCACUCCAUCCUGAACCCCCCCAGUUUUGUCCCUGGGUCCCUGAGUCAUCUUAUUGAGCACUAUGCGGUAGAUAUUGCUAUGACACUCAUUUCACAGAGGACAACAGUGAAGCCCAAAGGAGAACCAGGACUGGGGCAAAAGCGACGAGCGGCUGCUGCAGGCUGUGGAGAACAACGACACCACGCGGGUGGCUGCCCUGAUCACCCGCAAGGGGCUGGUGCCCACAAAGCUGGACCCUGAGGGGAAAUCCGCGUUCCACCUGGCAGCCAUGAGGGGUGCAGCCAGCUGCCUGGAGGUGAUGCUGGCACAGGGUGCCAAUGUCAUGAGCACGGAUGGGGCAGGUUAUAAUGCCCUCCACCUGGCCGCCAAGUAUGGGCACCCACAGUGCUUGAAGCAGCUGCUACAGGCCUCCUGUGUGGUGGACACCGUGGACAGCAGUGGGUGGACAGCCCUACAUCACGCAGCGGCUGGUGGCUGCCUCUCCUGCUCAGAAUUGCUCUGCUCCUUUAAAGCACACCUGAACCCCCGAGAUCGGUCAGGUGCAACGCCCCUGAUCAUAGCAGCUCAGAUGUGUCAUACAGAUCUGUGCCGCCUCCUUCUGCAGCAGGGUGCUGCCGUGAAUGACCGGGACCUGCAGGGCAGGACAGCCCUGAUGCUGGCCUGUGAAGGGGCCAGCCCCGAAACAGUGGAGGUGCUGCUCCAGGGCGGGGCCCAGCCUGGCAUCACCGACUCUCUGGGCCAGGACGCGGCUCACUACGGUGCACUCGUGGGGGACAAACUCAUCCUGCAUCUCCUGCAAGAAGCAGCCCAGCGCCCCUCACCGCCCAGCGAGGAUGACUCAGGCGAGGCCUCUUCUCAGAACUCUGUGUCCAGCCGUGAGAAGCCAGGGACCUCCAAGAAGCGGAAGGCACCUCAGCCCCCCGCCAGUGUCCCUAUGCCGGAUGAUCAAGAUGCCUAUGAGGAGAUCGUGCGACUGCGGCAGGAGAGGGGCCGCCUGCUGCAGAAGAUCAGGGGCCUGGAGCAGCACCAGGAACGGAGGAAGUCGGAGGAGCCUGAGGCCAGCUCCCUCCACAGCCUGGAGAGACAGGUGCAGGAGCUGCAGCAGCUGCUGGCGGAGAAGCAGGAGGAGAAGGAAAGCCUGGGGCGUGAGGUGGAGAGUUUGCAGAGCCGGCUGUCCCUGCUGGAGAAUGAGCGGGAGAACACCAGCUAUGACGUGGCCACCCUGCAGGAUGAGGAGGGGGAGCUGUCUGAUUUCCCAGAGGCCGAGGCGCUGCUUUCCAAGCGGAUGAGCCCAUCAGCCCAGGAGCUCCUGGCCUCCCUGCAGGACCAGGUGGCUGCGCUCACCAGACAGAACCAGGAGCUGAUGGAGAAAGUCCAGAUCCUGGAGAACUUCGAAAAGGAUGAGGUGGAGGCAAAUGGCUUGGCUGAGGUCAUCCCUCUGGUCGUCUACGACGCUCUCCAGGCUGAGUUCGACCAGCUCCGCAGGCAGCAUGCCGAGGCCCUGCGGGUGCUAGAGCAGCGGAAUGCCCAGGGGGCCUCCGGAGAGGAGAAGGCGGCCGAGGGGGCGGGCAAGGGUCUAGGAGUCAGGACCACCAAGAACGGGCCGACAGACACAGAGCUGAACGGUGCCGCAGCUCUGGAAUCCAGAGUGAACGGAGCAGAGACUACAGACGAGGAGGCUGCAGGGGCCAAAACCACAGAGGCCAGGGCUUUGGAAACAGUUUUGGGAGCCACGACCACAGAAACAGAGGGCUCAGGAGCUGCCGCCUUGGAAAAAAAGGUAGCCAUGGGGGCCGAGGCCAUAGAAACGAAGGCUCCAGAAGAGGCAGAAAUCACGGAGACAAAGGCCACCAGAGCUGAGGCCACUGGAGUGGAGGCCACAGAGAGAAAAGCAGAGGAGUCAGAGAUGAAGGCCAAUGGAGUGGGCGCCACGGAGGCAGAGCUCACAGGCACAGAGAACAUGGAUGUGGAGGCCACGGGGGUGGAGGCCACAGCCCUGGGAGUCCCCGCCAGCCCCCUCCUGCAUCCAGGCGCAGCUGAGGCCUCAGAGAAACUGCAGGCAGAGCUGGAGACCAGGAUCCGUGGCCUGGAGGAGGCACUCUGGCAGCGGGGGCAGGAGGCGGCGGCUGAGCUAGAGGAGGCCCGUGGCAGGUGCGAGGCCGUGGAGGCCGAGGCAGGCCGACUGCGGGAGCAGAUGCGUGAGGCCGAGGGCGGUGGGUGUGGUGAGAGCAGCGGGGGCAACACAGUCCAGCUGCGGGCAGCCCUAGAGCAGGCCCGGGAGGACCUCCGGGACCGGGACUCGCGCCUCCGGGAGUUGGAGGCAGUCUCAGCCUGGCUGGAUGAAUCCCGAGCUGGCCGGCUACUGGCUGAGGAGGAGGCCCGGGGCCUGCGGGCAGAGCUGGCUCGGCGGGAGGAGCUGCGGCUGGAGCAGAGCCGGGAGCUGCAGGUGCUGCGGGAGCAGCUGGCCACUGCCACCACCUCCGAGGAGCAGCAGCGGGCAGUGGCUGCCGCACUGGGCCAGGCCCGAGACGCAGCUGAGGCUCAGGCCACCGAACUGGCUGCAGCCUGCGAGGAGGCCCGACAGAGCCUAGCAGAGCUGCGCAAGGCCUCCGAGGCUCUCCGCCAGGCCUCUGUGCCGGCCUCCGAACACCACCGGCUGCAGGAGGAGGCCCUGGAGCUGCGGGGCCGGGCGGCCAGCCUGGAGCAGGAGGUGGUGGUCACUGGCAAGGAGGCAGCCCGGCUCCGGGCAGAGCUGGAACGUGAGCGUGUGGGCAGUGUGGCACGCAUGGAGCACGAGCGUGUAGUGGGGGCACUGCAGGCCGACGUGGCCCGGCUGGAGGGGCAGCUGGAGGAGCUGGGACGACGCCACGAGAAGACCAGCGCUGAGGUCUUCCAGGUGCAGCGGGAGGCGCUGUUCAUGAAGAGUGAGCGGCAUGCAGCCGAGGCCCAGUUGGCCACAGCUGAGCAGCAGCUGCGGGGACUGCGUACCGAGGCCGAGAGGGCACUCCAGGCCCAGAGCCGCGCCCAGGAGGCCCUGGACAAGGCCAAGGAGAAGGACAAGAAGAUCACAGAGCUCUCUAAAGAAGUCUUCAGCCUUAAGGAGGCCCUAAAAGAUCAGCCAGCCACCCCGGCCACCCCUGAGGUGGAGGCCCUGCGAGGCCAGGUGAAGGCCCUGCAGCAGCAGCUGGAGAAGGCUGCCAGGGACCACAGUGCUGUGGUGGCCUUGUACCGGAGUCACCUGCUGUAUGCUAUCCAGGUGAGUCUGAAGGAGGUGAGUCAACUGCACCUGAUCCCUGACACGGUAUCCACCUGGCUUUCGACAUGCCGCUGCCACUCUCAGGGCCUCACUUUCCCCACCUGUAUAGUGGGAGGCUGAUCCCGGGGAGAGGUUCAUGGCCUGUGGCAAUCUAUCUGUGUUCAUUCCCCAGGUUGGCUGUCUGGAUCAGGGCUGGAGAGGGAGAAGGGUGGGAGGCCAGGGCAGAGCCCCAGGCUCUCUCUCUCUCUCUCUCUCUGUUCUCC